AUGGUCCAGUCGACCUCCUCCUCUUCCUUCCCCGACAGUUCGUCCGCCGCACCCUCCUCGACCAACUGCACCUCGCCCGACCUCGCCAUCAACGGCACGACGUCGGCUGCCUCGGCGACGAACGGCCACGUCGCCGUCGCCGUAAAAGAUGCGGCGCAGUACGAGGGCGACGAGGGUUUUGUCCCGCUUUGGGAGGGGAGCAACCUCGACCGGCGCGAGUUUGUGCGCAUCGCGCUCCAAGCGUUCCAGGACAUGGGCUACAGCAACACGGCGCAAGCUCUCCAGGCCGAGUCGGGCUUCUCGCUCGAGCCCGCCGCGGUCGCGCUCUUCCGCCAGGGCGUCCUCGACGGUCAGUGGACCAACGUCGAGCAGCGUUUGAGCGAGCUGCCCAUCGACCCCUCGUUCGACCUGACGCCCGUCAAGUUCGCGAUUCGGCAGCAAAAGUUCCUCGAGGCGCUCGAGGCGCGCGAGACCAAGACGGCCCUGUCGGUCCUCCGCAACGAGCUGUCGCCGCUCAACCACGACUCGAACCGGCUGCACUUCCUGUCGAGCCUCGUCAUGUGCAUGAGCGCAGACGACCUGCGUGCGCGAGCCAGGUGGGACGGCGCUUCUGGAUCGUCUCGGCAACGACUUCUCGUCCAGCUCCAAGACUUCAUCUCGCCGACCGUCAUGCUCCCUCAACGCCGCCUCGCGACGCUCUUCGCCCAGGCCCAGGCCCAUCAGCAGCGCCACCACGCCUUGCCGCCCUCGGCCGACGAGCCCUUCUCGCUCCUCGUCGACGCCGACCCGAACGGCGUCGCCGGCUUCCCGACCUACACGACGCACGUCCUGCAGGAGCACACGGACGAGGUGUGGCGCGUCCAGUGGAGCCACGACGGCGAGUGGCUCGCGACGGCGGGCAAGGACCGGACGGCCAUGAUCUGGAGGGUCCAGACCGGCUUCACGCUCGACAAGGUGUUUCGGAACCACGCCGACCCGGUCUCGUGCCUCGCUUGGUCGCCCGACGACUCGAUCCUCCUCACGGCGGCCGAGGCCGUCAUCAAGAUGUGGAACACCGAGACCGGCUCGUGCAUCGCGACGCUCGUGCGACACGAGUACGCCAUUGGUGCGCUCGCGUGGCUGCCCGACGGUCGCGGUUUCGUCUCGGGCGGCAUGGACUCGAAGCUCUUCUUCUGGGAUCUCGCCGGCAACGUCAUCUCGCACCUCGCCCGAUGCCCAUCGCGCGUCGUCGACCUCGCCAUCUCGCCCGACGGCACCAAGCUCGUCUGCGUCGGGCGCGCCGACACGACCGAGCCGCACCUCGUCCCGAGCCGGCACUCGAGCCGGAGCGUCGUCCAGCCGCAAGAGCUCUCGUCGGUCACCAUCUCGAGCGACUCGCGGUACGCCAUCGUCACGCACGCGCCCAAGGAGAUUGUCUACGUCGACCUCGAGGACGGCACGAUCGUGCGGCGGUUCGAGGGCCACGACAUCGGCAAGUUCGUCGUGCGGGCGUGCUUUGGCGGCGCGAGCGACAACUUUAUCCUGUCGGGCUCGGCCGACGGCAAGGUGUACGUGUACCACCGCGACACGGGCCGACUGCUGCACGCGCUCGGCGGCCACGAGCGCACGACGGUCAACGCGGUCGCGUGGAACGCCAAGGCGCCCGGCGGCGGGCCCAUGUGGGCGAGCUGCUCGGAUGACAGGACUGUGCGCGUGUGGGGCAUGCCGCCGCCGUCGUCGUCGCCGGCAGGAGGUGAGAACGGCGCCUCGACGAGGAGAGGCCCGAGGUUGCGCCCUCUCGACCGCGCGAUGCGGGACUGA